UCUCUCUCCACGAGUCUCCUUCGGAAGCUCCUUGUUUAAGCGCAUUCUCCCUCCACAGGGACCGUAAGCGGUCGCUGCGCAGUCCUGACAAAUAGCGUGUGAAAGCAGUUCGCUCCCCGCCGAAACAGCGUGCUUCCUCCAGCCGGGCCCCGGGGCCUGCCUCCACCUCCACUCCCGCCCGGCUCGCCGCUGACCUCAGCUCCCCUUGCCCGCGCGGCGGGGCGCGUGCGGCGCUGGUGAAGCCCGCUCAGCGGACGGCUCCCCCGGUGGGCUCGUGCCGGCCCUGCGGCCGCCGUGCGAACAGGCUCGCGCGCUAGGUCUGCGCAGGCAGGAGUGUGAGCAUGUGCAGGCGCUCAUAGGCCUGGGGCGGAGGGGGAGUGGGCAGCUGUCGCCGCCGUAGCUCCCAGCCCCGGGAACUCAGUAGGUGCAGCAGCCCACGUGGAGUUUGUGGGUCCGGGAGGGAGGCAUCAGCGCUUCUGGGAAAGGUGGGUCGGCUCCAGAAGCAUGGCAGGCUCUGGGCCCUUUCGUGCCGUGCUGGCCAUGCUGGAAGGCUGCUAUGCCGACGUGCUGGGGCUUGAACAGUUUGUGCAGAGGCUCCGGGAGGCGGCUGCCUGCGGGCCUGGCGAAGCUGAACUGCUGCAGCGCGGAGACUCCGAGCUCUAUCGGACGUUUGUGUCUCGGUGCGUGGUGUGCGUCCCCCGGGGAGCCCGAGCCAUCCCCCAGCCCCUCUCCUUCCAACAGUUAUCUAGUGAGAGUGAAGUAGUCAUAAGAGUCAUUCAAAGACUUUGUGAAAAAAAGAAGAAAAAUGUCCUUGCAUUUGGGUAUGCAUUAUUGGAUGAAAACAGUUCCUAUUCGCAGGUUAUGUCUACUUCAAAUAUAUGCAGCUAUCUACCUAAUACUGCAACAGAAACUCUUCGGAUGAGUGUGCUAUGGGAAACAUUAUUGAGCAGGAUAGGGGAUGAUAUUAUGAUGUAUUUAUUGGAACACUGUGCUAUCUUUAUGCUAGUGCCACCGAGUUGCUCUUAUCAAAUAUGUGGGCAGCCUAUGUAUGAGCUUACUUCAAGUAAUGCAGGACCUUCCACAGUGUUUGUAAAACAAAGAUAUUCAAAAAGUAGACAUAAUAUUCUGUUUGACUACAUGCAAAAAAAAUGUCAGUUAUCAAAGACAAACAGGUGGAAAUGGAAACCAAGAUCAGAAAUUAAUAUCUUGAGCACUAAAAGUCAAAGGAAUAAUAAAACACAAGGCUCUGCGCCUGAUUAUGAGCAUUCUGCCACAGCUAAGGGAGCUGUUGGGCAAAAUUCUAAAGCAAACAAACAGGUCAGAAUGGUCACUGGAAACCUGGAAAAUCUCAGAGGACCUAACCUAUAUCCAGUUGCUACAGCCACACCUUCAAAAAGGAAGCUUGAUAGGGAUCAAUUUGAAGUUACAGCUAAAAGGAUGAAGAUAAACCUAAGGGAAGAAGAGGAUGCUUGGAGCUUUGGAUCUAAUGUAGAUAAAAACAAGUUCACUUUGGACAUCAUUUAUGAUGCACAGUCUCUUUCAUGUGUAGAAUCAUUUUCUGUAAAUAACUUUAUUAAAAUAAAGUCCAUUUCUCAAGAAAAUGAGGGUAGAGCAGAGACUCCUGAUGCACCAUCUUUAGUGCAGGAAGUUCAAGAUAGUAAGGAAAAGUCUGUGACAGAUGAUGAGAAUUCGUUAAGGCUGCAUGUUCAGCGUAAUAAACUUUAUAAAUCUAGCACUGAUACUAAAACAAAUUCCAGCAGAGAGGGAGUAGAGCUAGAUAUCUGUAAAUUUCAGGUUGGUUCUGUACAAAUGAAAAAAGCAGAAGAUAAAUUUUUAAAAUACAGAGGACUUAAGUGCCCCCCAACUAAUAUAGCUAAGAAGCUAUCCAAUAAAAUCUCACGUUCCAGAGUGUACAUUGGGAGGAAAUGUCUCUUGUAUUCUUCCAGGAGCUUCCAAGAAUGUUUUCCUAAAUCAUUUUUAUUGAAUCGCUUAAAGGGCUGCCAAGCAGGGGGACAACAGCUUGUAGAAACGAUAUUCUUAAACAGCAAAAUGUUGGCGCAAAAAUGCAGUGAAAACAUAGCAAGUUACAACUGGAGAAAGAAGAGAUUGCCCAAACGCUAUUGGCAGAUGAGAGAUGUAUUUCAAAAAUUGUUAAAGAAUCAUGCAAAGUGUCCCUAUUUGGUACUUUUAAAAAAGAAUUGUCCUGUCUGGAUUUCUGAGACAAAUUCAAGCAAAACUGACACAAUUUGUCAGUCAGUUUCAUGUGACAGAGUACAGAUUGAUAGGGAAGCAGAAGGUCAAGUUGGGAAAGAGCCUCCUAUAUGUUUGACAAGCAAUAGCAGAGAAGGUGGUUACACUGAUGUUCCAAAUGGUUCGUGUUUGCUUUCUAAAAGAACUUCAACGGAUUUAAGUAUCUUAAGCAGCCCUGAGAAAUUUGUGUUGGGGCAAACAGAAAAUGAAAGACAAAAUGCUAAAGAAUUCUGUGAUCCUGGCUUGAAGGCGCUUCUCAGACAGCACAGCAGCCACUGGCAGGUGUAUGUUUUUGUGCGGGAAUGUUUAGACCUGGUGGUACCAGAAGAACUGUGGGGUUCUAGCUAUAACAAGUGCCGCUUUUUAAAAAAUGUGAAAACAUUUAUCUCCCUGGGAAAAUUUGCCAGGUUUUCUUUGCAGGAAUUGAUGUGGAAGAUGAGAGUGAAUGACUGUACAUGGCUUCGUGUGAUCAAAGAGAAUAUGCUCCCUAGAAACUCCAGUAGAAUCUUGGUUUUUGGCCAUGAUCCAGCACAACUCUUAGGUGAUCAUUUUGUUCCUGCUUUGGAACACCAUUACCGUGAAGAAAUUUUGGCCAAGUUCCUAUACUGGCUGAUGGAUACCUAUAUUGUACAGCUGCUCAGAUCAUUUUUCUACAUCACCGAGACCAUGUUCCAGAAGAACAUGCUUUUCUUCUACCGAAAACUAAUUUGGAGCAAGUUACAGAACAUUGGAAUGAGAAACCAUUUUGCCAAAGUGCAUCUUCGUGCAUUAUCUGCAGAGGAAAUUGAAAAAGUACAGCAGAAGAAAUGUGUUCCUAUGGCAUCAAAACUUCGGUUCAUCCCUAAACCAAAUGGGUUGCGACCUAUAGUAAAAGUGAACAGUGUUGUUGGAGCAAAAACAUUGAACAGGAAAAGCAGAGACAAGAAGGUUCAUUAUUUCAACACUCAACUUAAAAAUCUAUUUAGUGUUCUGAAUUACGAACGAACCGAAAACACCAGUCUCCUAGGCUCCUCAGUGUUUGGGAAAGAUGAUAUAUAUAAAAUAUGGAGAAAGUUUGUUUCUGAAGUUCUUGAAUCAAAUGAUAAAAUACCUCGUUUCUACUAUGUGAAGGCUGAUGUCACUGGGGCUUAUGAUACUAUUCCUCAUGAUAAACUUGUGGAAGUGGUCUCUCAAAUCCUAGAUCCUGAGAAAAGAACAGUCUACUGCAUACGGCGCUAUGCAGUGAUCAAGAUUACCAUGAGUGGACAAAUCAGAAAAUACUAUAGAAGACACGUUUCUACUUUCAAGGAUUUUAUGUCCCAUAUGAGAUUAUUUGUGUCCCAUCUGCAAGAGAGUACAUCGCUGCAAAAUGCCAUAGUAGUUGAACAGAGCCUUUCUUUAAAUGAAACAAGCUCCAGCCUGUUUGCUUUUUUUCUGCAAAUGAUCCAUAACAACAUCUUGGAGAUUGAGGGCAGAUACUACUUACAGUGUUGUGGAAUUCCGCAGGGCUCUAUUUUAUCAACUCUGCUUUGCAGUUUAUGCUAUGGAGACAUGGAAAACAAAUUAUUCUGUGGAAUUCAGCGAGAUGGAGUGCUGAUACGGUUAAUUGAUGACUUUUUGCUACUUACACCUCACUUAACCUUAGCGAAAACUUUUCUGAGGACUCUAGCAACAGGCAUUCCUGAGUAUGGCUUUUUAAUAAACCCCAAGAAGACCGUGAUGAAUUUUCCUGUUGAUGAGGAUAUCCCAGGAUGUUCCGAAUUUAAACAGUUACCAUAUUGUGGUGUGAUCCCAUGGUGUGGGUUGUUACUAGAUAUACAGACACUUGAGGUUUACUGUGACUACUCCAGUUAUGCCUGUACUUCUAUCAGGUCAAGUCUCUCCUUCAAUUCAAGCAGCACAGCAGGGAAAAACAUGAAAUACAAACUUGUCACAGUCUUGAAGCUGAAAUGUCAUAGUUUAUUUCUCAAUUUACAGAUCAACAGUCUUAGAACAGUUUUCAUGAACAUUUAUAAGAUAUUUUUGCUGCAGGCCUACAGGUUCCAUGCAUGUGUUCUCCAGCUUCCCUUUAACCAGCAAGUUAGAAAAAACCCUUGCUUCUUCCUGAGGAUCAUUUCUGAUACUGCAUCAUGCUGCUAUUCUAUUUUGAAAACCAAAAACACAGGGAUUGCUUUAGGCACCAAAGGGGCUUCUGGGCUAUUUCCUUCUGAAGCAGCAGAAUGGCUUUGCUAUCAUGCUUUCAUUAUCAAACUGACAAACCACAAAGUUGUCUACAAGUGCCUUCUUAGGUCCCUAAAAAUAUGUGAAUUGCAGCUAUUCAAGAAAAUCCCAAAGGCUACUAUGCAGCUGCUGAAGACAGUGACGGAGCCAGCUCUUUGUAAAGACUUCAAAGCCAUCAUGGAUUAAUUGACCUAAUCAGGUUAUUUAUAACCUUUAUAGAAUUAAUAAUAAUUGCUAAGUUUUAAGAAUUACUGACCAGUUUUUGUUUUGAUAUUUUACAAAUGAUGUGCCCACAACAACUUUUUAUGUCAGAAAUUUUCCCUAGCUGUUUCUUAGCUGGCAGGGAUUUAACAAGAUAGGCAGAAGAAUAUGUUACAUUUCUUUGAUAUCUCUCUUACAUAUUUCCUGUCCACUUCUAAUGACUGUAUCCAAUCACAGACUUUCUGAUCAUAGUGAUUCCCAUCUUCAUGAUGAAGAUUACAUUUAUUUAUAAGCUUUACUCAUAUGGCCACAGCUUUCUCCUCUGCUUUAGUCCAUCUUUCUAUAGAGCUCCUUUCUAUCUUUGCAUUUCAUAUUGCAGUAGUAAAAAUUAAACUGUUGGGUAAUUACAAAACGUUUUUGUUUUUUCUGGUAUCUAAUUCUACAGUAAUCUGCAAUGUUAUGUUGUUACUGCUAUGAUCUUAUGGAUGGACGUGUGCAUUAUGAUAUCUUAUCCUAAAAUGAACAUUACAUGUCCAGCUACACAGAGCAAGUGUAUUCAAUUGGUAUGAUGUCCCAUAAAGAAAUAUCAGUCUCAUACCUAGGAGAGUACAAUAAAUGUAGGCCAAAAGUUUCAAAAUU